AUGAAUCUGUUUUCCAAGUCCGAGGACGGCUCCAACACGGCUACCAAUGCAUCUCAGCCCGACAACGUGACCGCUGGCGCAGGGUCCGCUCCCUCCACAGCCACCCCCGCCCCCGAGGGAGACGGUACCAACUCUCAGGAAAAGACUGAGCUCGGAAAGCUGACGGCUUUUGUCAAGGAGGACCCCCAGAACACGUACUACAUUGAUGGCGAGCGGGAGGUGGCUCGAAGCAGCGUGUGCAGAAACACCCAGCAGGGCCGAACCUGUCUGCAGCUGCUCAUCUCCUCCAAGGUCAUGUUUCAGCAGAUGCAGAAGAUGAACUUUUACUGUGCUCUUACAGACGAAAUUGGCCGAACAGACAUGGAGUGCAAGUACGUCCCAUAG